AUGCCUUCCUUUUGAUCAAAGGCAAAUUAUGAUACUUAGGUUUCUAUUUUAGAGAUUCAUGAAGAAGAGUCUAAUAUAAUUAACUUUUUCUAUAUAAUGGUUUUGCAAGCAAGGUAAAUGAAGUCGGAGCUAGCAAGACAACAUAGGUUUGAUAGCUCUGACGGGAGGAAAAGGAAGGUUGAGGCCAUCGACUCAUACAUAGGACGAUGAAUUCAGAUGAAAAUGAUACAAGAAAAAUCAGAGAUAUUAUGAAUGCAGCUCAAAUACAUCUAGUUGUAGCAACACUACUAGUAACAGUCACCUUUGCAGCCGGUUUCACACUACCAGGAGGUUUUGAGAAUGAUCACGAUAGCCCUCAUAAAGGGAUGGCGAUUCUAGUGAAGAAACCAGCAUUUUGUGCAUUCGUUGUCACAGAUGCCAUUGCCUUUGUAUGCUCCGCGGGGGCUGUGUUUAGCUACUUUGUCAUGGCAGCUAAUCAUCGUCCCACGACCAAAGAAGAGCUGAGAGUUCUGGUGAACAUUUACAGGGUUGCAACAAUUUUGCAGUUCCUAUCAAUGUCAGCUGUUGUAAUUGCAUUUGUAACUGGUUUGUAUGCUACAUUGUCACAUUCAGUUAGUCUAGCUACUUCUGUUUGUGCCAUUGGUUGCCUCUCUUUCAUUAUUUAUGUGUUGGUUUUUCAUCUUAUUUACAAAGGAUUGACUGGAGAAACAACAAAUCAGUAGUGGCGGGGCCAGAAAUUUUACUAAUGAGACGAGAAUUGUAUCUUGUUCGUUUGUUUACUUCUUUAUAUUUGGAACCGCCUUAGUGAAAAUCCUAGCUCUGUCACCAUCUUG